AUGCAUCUCAUCCUCACCGGCGCCACUGGUCUGGUCGGCUCGUCCGUCCUUGACGCCAUGCUCGGCAAUGCCGCCAUUUCAAAGAUCUCAAUCUUAAGUCGAAGCCCUGUUCGAAUGGCUGAAGAUUCCAAGGAUCCACGAGUCAACGUCAUCCGUCACAAAGAUUUCGAGUCGUACAACUCAGAUGUUCUGAACCAAUUGAAAGAUGCCGACGGAUGUGUAUGGGCUCUUGGUACGAGUCAAAACAACGUUAGCAAGGAGCAAUAUGAGAAAAUCACCAAAGACUUCACACUGGCAGCAGCAAAAGCAUUCUCCACCAUCAAGCCUCCAAGUGCUCCGUUCCGAUUCAUCCACGUAUCGGGCGAAGGAGCAACCCAGAAUCCAGGUCGGUUCUCACCGAUUUUUGCCCGAGUAAAGGGCGAGACAGAGUCUCUCCUUGGCAAGUUAUCAGAAGAAAACCCACAUUUCCGCGUUGACAGCGUGCGUCCUGCGUUUGUUGACUCCGCCGAACACCAGGCAAUCAAGCCAUAUCUCCCCUCUGCCGGACUCGCUGAGACGGUAAUGAAAGCAGGGGUUGCUUUGAUCGCCCCUGGUAUUCGAUGCUUUUACAAAUCAAUGCACUCUCCGACGCAGAAUCUUGGGCCUUUCUUGACGGACAUGGCCAUGGGGCGAUAUGAGGCUAAGCUGCAAGGCCCCGGCGUUUUCAAGCUGGGAGGUGGCUUUGUUGUUGAAAAUGUGGGAAUGCGAAGGAUCCUUGGUAUUUGA